AUGAUCUCUGCGAAGGACAUGCAGAAGAAGAAGCUCUCGAAAGACAGCAUGACCUUACUUCCUUGUUUCUAUUUUGUCGAGCUUCCUAUUGUGGCUUCAUCAAUUGUGACACUGUACUUCCUGGAGCUGACGGAUUUGUUCAGGCCGGCCAAGGUGGGCUUUCAGUGCUAUGAUCGUGCACUGAGCAUGCCCUAUGUGGAGCCUAGUGAAGAACUCAUCCCCUUAUUGAUGCUGCUCAGCUUGGCAUUCGCUGGUCCUGCUGCCUCUAUUAUGAUUGGAGAAGGGAUCGUCUAUUGUUGUCAAUCAAAGCUGAAGAAUAAAGGUUCUGAAGGCAGUAUUAAUGCAGGAGGCUGCAACUUCAACUCCUUCCUCAGGCGGACUGUAAGGUUUGUUGGCGUGCACGUUUUUGGACUAUGUGCCACAGCCCUGGUGACUGACAUUAUUCAGCUGGCAACUGGCUACCAUGCCCCCUUCUUUCUCACCGUGUGCAAGCCCAACUAUACGCUUCACGGCAUCUCGUGCAAUAAUAACCCAUACAUCACAAAGGAUAUCUGCUCUGGCUCAGACCAUCAUGCCAUCAUGUCUGCGAGGAAAAGCUUCCCUUCCCAGCAUGCUACAAUCUCCGCUUUCGCUGCAGUCUACAUCUCGAUGUACUUUAACUCAACGAUAUCCGACUGCACCAAGCUCCUGAAGCCAAUGCUGGUGUUUGCCUUUGCAAUUGCUGCAGGUAUUUGUGGCCUGACACAGAUUACACAAUACAGGAGCCACCCCAUCGAUGUAUAUGUGGGCUUUAUCUUUGGGGCAGGAAUUGCUGCGUACCUGGGGCUUCAUGCUGUGGGGAACUUCAAGGCCUCAGAUGAUGCCACCCCAGUGAAAGCUUCUCCCAAGAGUGGCCUUAGGCCCCUGGCUCAUCUCCGCCAUGACUCGGUUUACCAGCAGAAUAAGUCCCUGAGCACGGACGAGCUGAAUCCACAGCCCAGGCUCGAAGGAUUAGAGCAGCACCUGGCACAGCGGGAGAAGAACUCCUUGAACAGCCUGAAACGGGCCAGUGUUGACGUGGAGCUGCUGGCGCCUCGCAGCCCAAUGGGCAAGGAAAACAUGGUGACCUUCAGCAACACGCUGCCACGAGUAAACACACCGAACCUGGAUGAGGCCGCCCGCCGACACAUGACCAUUCAUGUCUCCAUGGACGCCUCCCGCUCCAAGCAGCUCAUCUCGCAGUGGAGGCAGAGGCCAGUGGAUGGCCUGGCCUUGGACCACGACCCUAACAUCAGCCAGUCACAGCCACAAAUGAGGGCUGCUCUGGAGCUGAGGGCCGGAGGCUUUGAACAGGAUGAAGUGGCUCCAUCCUCCCUCUACCCCACGGUGCAGUCCAGGGCCACUGAGAGAGGUGGGGCACGGGUCCUGAUCCAGUCCAGAGCAGGCACCUCGCAACUGGUCCACAUUCCUGAGGAAAGCCAGGCGAGUGUCAGCACCUCUCCAAAAGGUAACUCAGCUCGGGCCAAGUGGAUGCUGCUGGCGGAGAAGGGAGGGAUUCCACGGGCCCAGCCCCAGGCCCAAGCCCAGCCCCAACCCCGCAUCAUGCAGGUUAUCGCCAUGUCCAAGCAGCAGAGCACAGUGACGGUAACACCGAGACACUCGGAGACCUCCAGCAGCUCAGAGUCUUCGCAGUACAAGUCACCCUCAGACCGGGACUCAUCCAGCAUCGUGACGGUGGAUGCCCACGGCUCACACCCAGUUGUGCAUGUCUCCUCAGCCAAUGGUGCCGCAGGGCCCUGGGAGUGGAAGUCGCCACAGGCUGGUGAGGCCUAUGAGCUGAACGACCUCAACAGGGACUACCGGAGCUACCGACCUGCCAAGAGCGGGGGCAGCGCUGGAGGAGUGUCACCCGGAUCCUCGGCCAGUGACCUGGAACAUGAAGACACUCGCUUCUGCAGCGUUGCUACGAUCAACGUGGCAGCAGCCGAGAGGAGCGAGACCAACUCGGAGAGCCUGACCAUCGGCUCCAGCCGGGACUCGACUUUAAGGAGGAAACCCAAUCCAGCUUUCCUAGCUGAACGGGAAACCAGCAUGGACAGCGACCAGGAGGCUUACUACAAGAAGCUUCAAGCCAACAGGAGAUUUAAAGACUGA